UUGAACAGCCUGAUAUUAUUCUGGUGGAAGCUAUGGAUGAUAUUGAUUGCAAUUGCAUUAUAUUAAAUACAGAGCUACUUUUGCGUUAUAGGAAUGUUUUGGAACGUACUGUAGUAACGGGUUCCUUGAAAGAUUUGCACAUUUACACUUGUAUUUUUGAUGAGAACCGAAGGAAGGAAACUAUGGUACCAAUAUUGAAACCAUGUUCACUGAAUUUUACUGGUUCUAGUCCGACUUUACAUGGCAUGCAUAUCGAUAUAUGUGUUACUGAAAUACAAGUCUUUUUAUCCCCAAGUAAAUACAAAAUGUUUCAUAAAUGUCGCGUCUAUUUUCUAAGAUAAUGUGAUUUGUGUUUUGAUUAGAUGUCAC